AUGUCAACCGGUCUGCCUCCUGGAGUGCCUCCGAAUGUCAAGGUCUUUGGGCCGGGGGCAAACUGUACGCUAGAGAUUUGCCCUGUUGAAAUGAGUGUUUACGGCUACAGACCUAGUCUUGCGGCAAACAUCACAUUUCUUUCCCUCUACCUCGUCUCUGCUACCAUACAUGUCUAUCUCGGAUUCCGAUGGAAGACGUGGUUCUUCAUGGGAUGUAUGGUCUUCGGAGCCGUCAACGCUGUGCUAGGCUAUGCGGGUCGAGUUGUCAUGUAUUACAACCCCUUUAACUUCGCAGCGUUCAUGAUCCAGAUAAUAUGCAUCACUAGCGGCCCAGUCUACUAUUCCGCAGCUAUUUAUGUCACCCUUGCCGCAGCGAUUAAGUAUUUCUCGCCAUCCUUGUCACGGUUCGAACCGAAUCUUUUCUACUGGAUCUUCAUUCCCGCCGAUGUCGUCUGUCUUAUUUUCCAGGCAGUCGGUGGGGCGUUGUCCACAGCAUCGGCCGGCAGCAGUGAGAUCGGCGUCAACAUGGCACUAGUCGGCCUCAGCUUGCAGGUCGCGGUCAUGGUUGUGUUCUGUGCUUUCUUCGCAGACUACCUGAUCCGUUAUUUCCGCGCAGGCUCGACGGAGAGAUUCGGCACCAGAUCUAAGCUAUUCUUUGGCUUCAUGGCGCUGGCAAUCAUUCUCAUCUUGGUGCGAUGCUCCUACCGCCUGGUUGAACUGCGGAACGGGUACCGCGGUGAACUGAUUCGAGACGAGCCGAUCUUUAUCGGUUUGGAGGGAGUCAUGGUGAUAGCUGCAGUCUUCUGCCUGAUGGUGUCCCAUCCGGGUUUCGUCUUCAAGACCAACGCCAAAGAUGGCGAUGCAGACUCGACUCCUGGACGGCCUGACCCGUCUCCUCUGGAUCUCUCAUGGACCCAGCCAGCACCGCCGCCGUAUUCAAGCCCCAUGCCGAUCACCAACAUUCCCGACUCCGUUGAACUCAUGGAAUCGGUCGGUCUAGCUUUCGAGAACUCUAGCGAAACAUCAAGUUCCAGCAAUCCAUCGCUCCAGCCCGACUUCGCAUCUAUCUUCGGCGGCGCGGGAACCUAUGCUCCAAACGGCCUCUCAAUGGGCAUGCACAUGGGGGUUGACGGCACCCAGGACUUGAUGAACCAAGGCAAAGACAACAUAUUGGCGGAAGCAUAUUCGCAGCUAGCCAAUGUGCUAUUUGGUCUGCACAACUUGACUUCAUACGGCGAAUGCGGACCUGCGGCGGACCUUGCCACACGGCUGAGCUCCCUUGAGAAAGUAUUCCCCUUAGUGUCGACCUUAUGCGAUAUUCUCAAGAGGCCUCAGCUCAACCAUCUUCUUGGCACUCAGAAGAUGCUAUCCUCGCCAUGUCUGCUGCUGGCGAGCUCGGUUAUCUCCACCGUGGUCGAGAUUUACAGCGGCAGACUGAGUCCUUUUCAACCAUCAGAUGGAGAUAGAGAGAGCAUGGCGGAGCUCGGGACACAGCAACGGCUACAACUUCAGACCGACGCGAUGGUGAUGGACUACCAUCUUACGGAGCUUCGCCCUAUCGUGAAGAUGGCGUGCGUUGCAAUGCACGAUUCACAGACCAUCGACUUGAUGGACACGAUGCGACGGACGCUCAGGGAAUUUCUGGAGGAUUGGAGCACUUUGAAUUUGUAA